CUACUGAAAAAGAAAGAUCUCUACUUCCUUGAGGACCCCGACCUCGUGCUGCUAAUGCGCUGAUAAACCUUCAGCUGGGAAGCCAGAAUUGGUAGCAAUCGCCAGUUAGCCAUACGGAGACUUUAAACUACAUGCGAAAUAAUAGGUCCUGCCUUUGAUAUAUGGUUGGACGAUUAUGAAAUGUUUAACAUUCUCCAAGGCCUUGCAAAAUUCUUUUGAGUAGCAAACAGAUCGAUGAAGGUUAGUAUCACUUAUAUUUUCGGAGUUCGUAAGGCUAAAAAAAAAUUAAAAAAAAGAGAGUAGAGGGAGCCGGAGAGAGGGUAUACAAACAGGUGCCAAUAUGGUGGUUUCACAUCUUUCUAUUGUUGAACCUCGCUCUCAUCUUCUUUGCUUGCUUCUAUUACCAUGAGACUAUUCAAUUGCCUUGGUGGGGUGUUUUGCUCGCUUGCACCAUCGCGUUUGUUUUCACCCUUCCGAUUGGUGUCAUCGCUGCCACCACAAACCAGGCACCGGGAUUGAACAUUAUCACGGAGUAUAUUUUCGGGUCUGUGUACCCAGGACGUCCUGUUGCCAAUAUAGCCUUUAAGACGUUUGGAUACAUUAGCAUGAUCCAAGCUUUAACAUUUCUAGCAGACUUGAAGCUUGGUCACUACAUGAAGAUUCCUCCUAGAACAAUGUUCAUGGCUCAGGUCUUGGGGUAUGGCUGGGCUGGGCUUUUCCGUGAAUAUCUAGUUGAGCCAGGAGAAAUGUGGUGGCCUGGUAAUCUAAUUCAAGUCUCAUUAUUCAGGGCUCUACACGAGAAAGAGAAGAGGCCUGGAGGCGGCACAACGAGGACCCAAUUCUUCCUCAUAGUCCUCAUUUGCAGCUUCGCUUAUUACAUUGUUUCGGGCUAUUUCUUCCCACUGUUGACUUCGUUCUCUUGGGUCUGUUGGCUCGCUCCUUACUCCGUUUUAGUCCAGCAAAUCGGCUCGGGCUUACAAGGCCUCGGCAUAGGCAGCUUUGGAUUGGAUUGGCCCACCAUUUCGUCAUAUCUCGGGAGCCCACUGGCCAGCCCGUGGUUUGCCACAGCCAAUGUAGCCGUUGGGUUCGUCCUUGUCAUGUACGUAAUGACACCCAUCACUUACUGGCUCAAUAUCUACAACGCCAAGAACUUUACCCUGUUCUCCAGUGAGCUUUUCAUGUCGAACGGUACUGUAUACGAUAUCUCGCAAAUCGUGGAUUCCAAUUUCCAGUUUGAUGAGAACGCUUACCAGAAGUAUGGACCGAUACACCUAAGCACGUUCUUUGCCAUGGCAUACGGCCUGGGAUUUGCAACUCUUUCUGCGACGGUUGUGCAUAUCCUACUCUUUAACGGAAGGGAUAUAUUGGAGCAAAGCAAAAGAUCGUUCGGAAAAAGUAAGAAGAUGGAUAUACAUAGCAGGCUAAUGAAGGUAUACAAACAGGUGCCAAUGUGGUGGUUUCACAUCAUUCUACUGUUGAACCUCGCUCUCAUCUUCUUUGCUUGCUUCUAUUACCAUGAGACUCUUCAAUUGCCUUGGUGGGGUGUUUUGCUCGCUUGCACCAUUGCAUUUGUUUUCACCCUUCCGAUUGGUGUCAUCGCUGCCACCACAAACCAGGCACCAGGAUUGAACAUUAUCACGGAGUAUAUUUUCGGGUAUGUGUACCCAGGACGUCCUGUUGCGAAUAUGGCCUUUAAGACGUUUGGAUACAUUAGCAUGAUCCAAGCUUUAACAUUUCUAGCAGACUUGAAGCUUGGUCACUACAUGAAGAUUCCUCCUAGAACAAUGUUCAUGGCUCAGGUAGUAGGGACACUUGUAUCGGUCAUUGUAUAUCAGGCAACUGCUUGGUGGCUGAUGGGAAGCAUUCCCAACCUCUGCGACACCUCAUUGCUGCCACCUAACAGCCAAUGGACGUGCCCAACUGACCACGUUUUCUACGACGCCUCGGUCAUUUGGGGCCUAGUUGGGCCCCGGAGGAUCUUUGGCCAACUCGGCCAAUACUCAAUGUUAAACUGGUUCUUCCUCGGUGGUGCCAUCGCUCCUCUACUAGUUUGGCUUGCCCACAAAGCGUUUCCCAAGCAGAAGUGGGUUGGGCUAAUCCACAUGCCAGUGUUGAUCGGUGCAACAGCGGGAAUGCCCCCGGCUACUGCGGUCAACUACACCAGUUGGUUUGUCGUUGCCUUUGUUUUUGGGUUUGUUAUUUUCAGGUACCGGACCAAGUGGUGGGAGCGGCACAACUAUAUUCUUUCCGGCGGGCUUGAUGCUGGAACAGCUUUCUUGUCGGUCUUGGUAUUCAUCGGGCUGCAAAUGCAGAAUAUUGAGGUCAAUUGGUGGGGUGCGACUCCGGAUAGGUGCCCACUGGCAGCUUGUCCAACUGCCAAGGGAAUUUCAAUUGAGGGCUGCCCUGUAUUCUCUUGAUAAAACUUUUUUUUUUUUUUUAAACUCAGAUGUCCGGACCAGCUUAGUCUUCUCUUAAUAUCCGUCUCCAUAGAUAAUGUAAUUAUUUUCACGGAC